AUUGUGAUGUGGUGUGCUGCCCACGGGGGGCAAUUUGGUGGUGUGAAAAAGGGAAAAACUAUCGCGGUAGCAUUGGCUGGGGUCGGGUUGGUGCACGAGGCGCAAUUGACGGAGUGGGCACCCAACUCACAGGCGACUGACGAUAGCAGCGACGACGGCGACGGCGACGACGAGGUUGAGCUCCAAAAAUUCGAGCAGCCGAAAUGCAUGGGUUGUGGCAGCCGGUGCCGGUUGCCCAUGGUUGGGUGUCCAGGAGCUUGGACCACCCACUCUCUCAGGGACCCUUGUCUCUCACUCAUCGCGACUCUCAUUCAUCGACGACUUACACCUUCUUUCAACUCAUCUUUUUCAAAACAAAAAAAAAACAGCCAAAAUGAUACCCCCUAUUGACGAUCUGGUUCUGCAGCAAAAUCCCGAAUUUGCAGCUCUUUACACCACCCUCACAACAGUCAUCCUCAAUCCCGAUGCCUCCACACGAAAAGACCCCAAGGCCAAAAAGCGAGCUGCGGUGAGAAAGGAACUCGACACCCACCGGCUCAAAACAGCCAAACAUCACCUCCUCAUCAACGCCAUCUCCACCGCCCACCCAACAACAGAACAACCACCCCCUCCAGCCCAAGAAAAACCAUCCCUCCUCCGCCACCGCUCAACCCGCUCCCGCUCCGAAUCCCAACCCCUGAAACCAUCCGGUCCCCUCCCGCCACCCCUCCCCCUGGCCCAACCAAAACCCCCUCCCCUCCCUCAGUCCCUCCUCGACCUCCUCCUCCUCCUACCCCCCCUUUUGUCCCCCAGCUCCCCCAUCCCUCCCCCCCAGCUCCCCCUCUUGCUAUCCUCCCCCCCAUUCUCCCUCCUCCCCUCCCACGUCCCCCUCCUCUCCUCGUUCUUGUCUCAAACCCUCCACACCAGCGCCUUAACCCUCGCCCGCCUCUCCCAACCAAACACCAACCCCUCCUUCCUCCACCGCUCCAUCCCUUCCCUCCCAGCCUUCACCCUCACCCAGCUCGAAACCCUCCACCACAAGAAAUACUCCCUCCUCCGCUCCCGCCUCUCCCUCGCCGUCUCGGUCAGCAACCUCCUCGAUCAGCAAAUCCUCAUCCUCUCCAAGCUGAUCAGGUCCCUCGAGGCCAAACACGGUCCCAUAUCUCGAUGGCUAGAAUACUCGGCCUCCGAAAGGGCCCUCGUCGCGCAGAAGCAAGAGCUCGAGAUCAAAUCUGUCAGUCGGGCGCUCAAAAAAGAGGUUUACAGUCCAGAAGUGGCCACGGCGUUGGGGAAUUACUCUCGACAUCUGAGGGAUGCCAAGUCGCGGCUAGAAGAGAGAAUCAAGGGGCUGGAGGGGCAGCUGGGGGAGUAUCACCACCAAGACGCAAGCACGGAAAGGGAAAAGACGAGGAAAAUGAGGGAAAUGGCGAGGGUGUAUGCUGACAUGGGGAGGCAGUUGGACGAGGUCAGAAAGGAUUUGGAGAGGUUGGAUACUGCUUGA